AUGGAAGCGGAACUCAGCCCACACACAAGUCGAAGCAGGACUGUCUCGUCUGCAUUCAAAACACGCGAGACUGAACGCUUCCCGCAGGGAGAUAAAGAAGCCUGGGAUAUUCAGGUUCGUGACCAGAAGAUAAAAGAAGCAACUGAAAAAGCCAGACAUGAAACAUUUGCUGCUGAAAUGAGGCACAAUGACAAAACCUCAUGCAUCUUAGAAAACCGGAAUAGAAGAGACAGGAAAAACCUCUGCCAAGCCAUCAGCGACUUCCAGCAGAGCUUUCAGAGGCCAGAAACCCGUCGAGAAUUUGACCUUUCUGACCCCCUAGCCCUGUGGAAAGACCUUCCAGCCCGGCAGUCAGACAGCGACGUUCGGAACACAGUGUCGGGGAUGCAGAGGUUCAUGGGAGAGGAUUUAAACUUCCACGAGAGGAAGAGAUUCCAACAGGAGCAAAGCAGAGAAUGGUCCUUGCAGCAGCAAAGGGAAUGGAAGGAUGCUCGGGCCAACCAAAGAUGUGCAGAGGACCUCUACACGAAGACCAGGCUGCAGUUUGAUGAGACAGCCAAGCAUUUACAGAACCUGGAGAGGGCCACCAGAAAGGCGUUGUGUGCAGCUGUGGAAGAUUUCAACAAGAUCCAGGCCUCGGAGUUGGCGGAAAGGAAAAGUCUGGAGAAAAAGCAAGAACAAGAGGACAACCUGGCCGAGAUCUCCAGCCUGCUGCGCGGGGACCUGCUCUCUGAAGACCCUCAGCAGGCAGCCAGCUCCUUCGGGCCCCACCGCGUGGCCCCUGACCGCUGGAAGGGCAUGACCCGUGAGCAGCUGGAGGAGAUCCGCCUGGUGCAGAAGCAGCAAGUGCAGGAGAAGCUGAGGCUCCAGGAGGAAGAGUCACAGCGGGACAGGGCCUGGGCCCGGCAGAGGGCUCAGAGCGCCCGUGUGGCUCUGCUGCUGGAGCGGGAGCAGCGGCGGCAGCAGCGGGACCUGCGCAGAGCCCUGGACGGCAGCAACCGCAGCCUGGCGGAGGAGCAGCUGAUGCGGAAAAAAAUUAUGAAGGAAGAAGUCUAUUCAAACACUCCCACUGAAGAUUAUUUCGCACAGUUUAAUACAAGAAGUCGAUAAUGAAAGACACUUCCUUCCCCC